AUGGCGACCGACCAACCACACCCUGCCCACGCUCAGGCCGAGCAGCAGGACGACGCCACACUGGCACUCGACCUGCGCAUCAGACUGCUCGAGUGUGUCUUCGCCGGGGCCCUGCCGAGCUCGGAGUCAUUCGCGAACCGCCUGUCGAGCGAGGCUGCAAGCAAGAAAUCCAUGGCCAUCCGGCUUGAACGUCUCCUGGGCCAACUGUCUACCAUCCUCGACUCCAAGCCUAACGAAGCCAUCCGUCGAUUCGUCCAAAGCUACGACCUCAAUGAACCGCUCUUGCACCUUCCCAAUCCUCUCUCAGCCAACAAAGAAGCCUCGACACUCUCGAUCAGCGAGAAGGCCAGCCUGGUCUUCGAGGCGGAGCCCGAGAUCGUCCAGCUGGAACGGGACCUGCGGGAGAUCGAGCUGCUCGACACUCGGGGCUUCGUGGGCGCCGGGAAGCUUGCUGAUGGUGAUUGGUCCGCGGAAGAGCUCGCUACAACUGUCGCUGGCCCUCUCCAAGAAUCCACCACGAAAAUCGACGAACUCGAACAGACAGCCACAACGCUCUUGUCAAGUUACGAUUCUUAUGUCAACGCGCUCUCGGAGAUUUUUGUCUCCUGGGACUCUAUCUUGACUACCUUAGAGGAAGACAUCCACAAACUCCAAAUCGCCAAAGCGCCGUGA